AUGAAUUUAAAGUUAAACGGAAAUGGAUUAAAUAAAUGGAAGAAUUUAACAGAAGCAUUAAAAAUUUACGAAAAUAGUAAGUCAUACAGAAUUGCUUAUCAACAAUGGAUUGAGACAGAAAUACGAAUGAAAGCUGGUGAAACUAUUGAUAAACAAGAACAAAAACUAAUCGAGAAGGACAGAUUGGUACAAUUGCUCGCUAAAUUUGAUCCUAUCAUGUUAAACCACGUCAUGCUAGCUCUUAAAAGAGAUAUUUCUGAUCAUUACUGUAAAAAAACCAUUCAAAUUGAAAUGAUAGAUAUAAUGGCAUCAAAAGUAACCAGCAUAAUUAUAUGCAAAGCUUUAAAAAGUCUACAAAAGCGAAUAAUAGAUUUGAAUUCUUUGGCUUUUUACCUUCCAUGUGGAAUUCAUUCUCUCAAUUUAGUUGUUUGUGACGCAGCGCAGUCUUCACUAAAUUCCAUUAACGUUUUUGGCAAAAUACAAAAAUUAUUCACAUUAUUUUCUUCAUCAAUUUCACGCUGGAAUGUUUUACUUAUUCAUACAACAAACUUCACUCUUAAACGAUUAUGCAACACUCGGGAAGCCAAAAUUGAGAGCCUUAAAGCCAUCCGAUACCAAAUAAGCAGCGUACAUGAUGCUUUAAUUACUAUAUAUGAAACUGAAACCAAAACUCCCGAUAUUGCACACGAAGCGCAAACAUUAGCAGAACAAUUAAAAGACUAUAGUAUUUUAGUUUCUUUAAUUGCAUGGUACAAUGUACUAUUCCAAAUAAACGUUGUUAGUAAAACAAUGCAAGUCAAAGACAUGGAUCUAGUACAUUGCGCUGAAAUGUUGAAAAAAUGCAUCACAGUUUUGGAAAAUUACAGAACGUUUGGCUUUAAACAAGCAACGGUUGAUGCCAAAGAGUUAGCUGAAGAGUUAAACAUCGAUGCAAUAUUUAAGCCACUUAAAAGAGUGCGACGAGUGAAACGUCAUUAUGAUGAAAAUGCUGCUGAUGAACCAACUCAAAAUCCCGAGAAGAAAUUUAAAGUGACAUUUUUUAAGCUUUUAUUAGAUACAAGUCUGUCGUCAAUAAAUGAAAGAUUUGAACAACUUAAUGAAUAUGUAAUUAUAUGCAGUUUGAAUUAA